ACCAUUCCUCUAUCCGCGAUAGAGAGAGAGAGAGAGAGAGAGGAAGCAAGAAGGACAGAGAGGAAAGAAAGAGAAACCGAAAAGAGAGAAGAAAUGGCUUUCCUCAGUUACGCCCAAACCUUCAAAACCCUAACAACAAUCACGUCUCUCAUCCUCAUCUUCUCACUGCCGGCAAGCUCCGCCGGCGACGACGAUCCAACGGCCUACGAUCUCCUCCAGAGCUACAACUUCCCGGUUGGUAUAUUACCCAAGGGUGUCACCGGCUACGAUUUAGACGAAUCCACAGGCAAGUUCGCUUUAUAUAUGAACAAAAGCUGUAGCUUUUCUCUCGAGGGUUCGUACCAAUUGAGCUACAAAUCCACAGUCAAAGGCUAUAUAUCGAGAGGAAAGCUCUCGAGGUUGGAGGGUGUCAAAGUGAAGUUGCUGUUCUUGUGGGUUGACAUCGUCGAGGUGGAUCGGAGCGGCGACGACCUCGAAUUCUCCGUCGGGAUCGCGUCGGCCGGGUUCUCGAUUGACAACUUUUUGGAGAGCCCUCAAUGUGGGUGCGGAUUCGAUUGCGACAAUCGACAAGUAAGCAAGCUUAGAACAUACCCUUUUGGUGUUUCUUCGUAUUAGUUUAAUUUUCUGUGAUGGAAAGCAUUUGCUUUGGAACUUUUGAAAUGCUUAGUGAUUAAUCCACAUGGGUGUCACUUACUUUGGUGAAAUUGUCGGUAUUUUAAUUAUUUUGCUUGACUUUGUUCAUUGACUUCAAUGGUUUAUAAUUGAGCAAUGCAUAGUGGGAAAAUAAGUAAUUUCAGAUCAGAAA